UAGGAAGUUAAGAUAUAGUUGCACCAACAGAAAUAUGUGCUGUGCUGCCGUUAAUUGAAACGAUGAGCGUUCCCGCCACCACAACCAUUCAACUCUCCCCGCCGCAGCCACCGCCACCGCCACGACCCACAAACUCCACUCAAUCCCUCUCCGCCAACAACUCCACAAAGCACCACCUCACCUUAAAACAGACCAACAACAACAACAAACCCACAACUGACCCCACGGUCUCAUGGACCACAUCAUUACACCACCACUGUCGCAGCGGCCGCUUACCCGAAGCCGCCGCGGAGCUCACCCGCUUGAGAAUCGCCGGUAUCGAACCUAACUACAUCACUUUCAUAACCCUUCUCUCCGCUUGCGCCCGUUUCCCUACUGAUAGUCUCUGUUUUGGCAUGUCUCUUCAUGCUUAUGCCCGUAAGCUGGGCUUGGAUACGACAAAUGUUAAAGUGGGUUCUGCUGUUGUUGACUUUUACUCCAAAUGCGGUUGUGUAGAUCUUGCUAGGUUGAGUUUUGAUAGGAUUUGCGUUAAGAACGUAGUGUCUUGGAAUGCAAUGAUCAAUGGGUACGUGAGAAAUGGCCAAAUUGAGGAUGCGGUUGAGGUGUUUGAUGAAAUGCCGCAUAGAGAUGCGGUUUCUUGGACGGCUAUGGUGUUUGGGUUUGUGAAGAAAGGUACCUUUGAGAAGGGUUUGGAGUGGUUCCAAGAAAUGCAGCUAUCUGGGGUUGAACCUGACUACGUGACCCUGAUUUCUGUACUUGCCGCCUGUGCCAAUUUGGGGGCACUUGGGUUAGGUUUUUGGGUGCAUCGAUACAUUCUUAAAAAGGGUAUUAAGGACAAUGUUAGGGUAAAUAACUCGCUUAUAGACAUGUAUGCUAGGUGUGGAUGUAUUGAUUUUGCCCGUCAAGUAUUUUUAACUAUGAAGACGCGGACCUUAGUUUCAUGGAACUCAAUGAUCGUGGGGUUUUCUAUAAAUGGGUAUGCAGAGGAGGCUCUUCUAUUCUUCAACUCGAUGCAAAAGGAAGGGUUUGAGCCGGAUGGGGUAAGUUUUACAGGAGCUCUAGCUGCUUGUAGCCAUGCCGGGUUAGUUGAUGAGGGGUUGAAUCUUUUUGAGGUUAUGAAGAAAGUUCGUAGGAUAUUGCCAACAAUUGAGCAUUACGGUUGCAUUGUGGAUCUUUAUAGUCGUGCGGGAAGGUUGGAAGAUGCCUUGGAUGUGAUAGAGAAAAUGCCCAUGAGGCCUAAUGAGGUGGUGUUGGGGUCUUUGUUGGCUGCUUGUAGAACUCAUGGGGAUGUCAAUUUAGCUGAGAGGUUAACAAAUUAUCUUCUCGUGUUGGAUCCAAAUAGUGAUUCGAAUUAUGUGCUGCUUUCAAAUAUGUACGCUGCAGCUGGCAGUUGGGGUAGGGCAAACGAUGUGAGGAAGAAAAUGAAGGAUUUCGGGAUACAGAAGAGAGCGGGGAUCAGUUCGAUAGAAGUAGACUGUAAUGUUCAUGAAUUUGUGGCUGGUGAUAAAUCACAUGCUGAAAUAGAUGAGAUUUACGUAAUGUUGGAGCAUGUGUGGCUUGAGCUGGGGACAUCCGGGUAUGUUCCUGAAUCUAGUCUUGUCGACACAUAAAUAUAAUUCAAACUCUACAGUUAUGUGUCAGCCAAUGUAGUUUAGAUUGAAUUGGCGAGAGGCCUACUGAUCAAUGAUGUUGUAUCAUGUAUGGUUGCGAGAUGAGAAAUGUAACUCUCUAAUCCCACAAAUAAGAGUGUAAUGAGUCUAAUGACCCGCUCCGACCUUGUAUAAUAUUGUCCGCUUUGGCCGCCUAAACUCCAUGGACUUCCUAGUACAAUGUAGUUUAACAUAUGAUUGUGUUAUGGGCAAUGAUUUACCUGCAAAA